AUGGAUUCCGACGAUUCCGACGAUUUUGAAAUCAAAGAGGAAUCCAAGACACCCGCGGACAAAGAAGAUGACAAAGAUGCGAACGGAAAGAGAGCGAGUGAAAAAAAUGCGAAGAUUUCGAUGACGAAAGGCGACAAUUAUACGAAGGUAAACAUUUUGUUUUUGAAAAAGUGGAAAAAUAUCAUUUUCAGCUGACGUUCACGCAGUGUAACCGGAUCAUUUUACAAAUUGAAAUAAAUCCCUGUCUCUGGAAUCUGCGAGAAAAGGACUACAAAGACGCGCCUUUGAAAAACGGUCUGUGGACCGACAUAGAGAAGUCGGUGGAGUUUCUCAAGAGAGACCGAGGUAUCACUUUUGAUUUUUCAGGCUGUACUUUGCGGAAAGUUUGGAACACGCUGGUGGCCGCAUAUCGAGUAGAACGAAAGGCAUCCAUGGAGCCAAGUGGGAGCUCGAGUGCAAAAGUCCAUCCUUCCUUCCCAUAUUAUCAAGAAAUGGCAUUUUUGGACAACGUAUACAGAGACAAAUCACCACCUCCUGUAAGUGAAAGAUUAGAAGGCCGACUGAAUCAGAAAUCCUUCAGAAUUCACAAUGAAACUCCUGGAUUCGUCCGUCGAGAUGUUGGUGUCGAUACUCCGAAAAGAAUGAAAAGAGAGAAGUGCGACCGGCGAACUGGAAGCGACGGCGCCGACGCCGAUUUGAAAUUAUUCAUGAAGGAAUCCCGCGAAGUUCUGAGAAGUUUUGGCUAG